UACAGAAACAGAUGGUUUCCAUCGCCACAGAGACAACUCCAGGGCCUUGUGUGUUUUUACUGGUGCUAACCCCAGCUGAUGUUGGUCGCAACCUUGAAGAGACACUUGCAACUAUUAGGGCGACUUUUGGAGAAAAAGCAGAAGAUUCCUCUCUUGCUAUUAUCACACACGGUGACCAAAAGGAAACAGCUGCAGAGAACUUCCCAGAGGCAAUUAGGCCAAAAGUGCACAUUUUCGACAACACAAAACACCAAGACAGAAAGCAAGUUCAACACCUUUUGUCUAAAAUGGAGGGACUAACAGAGAAAAAUAAUGGUUUCUAUCUCAGGCAGAUUCUCAAAACUGCACCACCUGUUCAGAAAAAACCUCGAACAAAGUUUGUGCAUAAUUUGUCUGAACCCACAGCAGGGCAAAGGCAGGAACCUGCAGAGAGACAGGAGCCUGAAAGUGUGGAGACACCUCCUCGGUUUUCAUCAAAACUCAACACAUGGCUUGAAAGAGAGAAAAAACAAACAGUGGACUGUGUGAGGCUGGUCCUGAUUGGAAAGACUGGAGUUGGAAAGAGUGCCACAGGAAACACCAUCCUCGGGAAGAAGGAAUUCUUAUCCUCUGCUUUAAUGGGGUCUGUCACAACAAAAUGUAAGAGAAGGUCAGCAGUAGUUGGUUCAAAAAUGGUGCAGGUCAUUGACACCCCAGGUCUGUUUGACACUGCAGUCUCAAAUGAGAAUAUACGGGAGGAGAUUGGAAAAUGCAUCACCAUGUCCUCACCAGGACCACAUGUGUUCCUGCUUCUGAUCUCUGUAGGACGCUUCACCCAAGAGGAGAGAGACACAGUGAAGAUGAUCCAGGAGAUCUUUGGUGAGUAUUCGAAAGCAUACACAAUGGUAGGAUUCACCAAAGGAGAGGAACUGAAGGAAGAGGGCAUUGCCAUGAAGACAUACAUUGAAAAAAGCCCAACUGAUUUAAAGGAGCUCAUGGAGGACUGUGGUGGUCGGUACCAUGUCUUCUGUAACAAGGACAAAGAGACUCGGGAACAACAGGUCUUAUCUCUCCUCAAGAAGAUUGACGGGAUGAUUCAACAAAAUGGAGGAAGCUUCUACACCACCGCCAUGUUUGAGGAGACAGAGGCAAAGAUCAGAGCAAGAGAGAUGAGACUGCUACAGCAGAGAAUGGAGGAACUGGAGCAUGCAAAUCAAGACAAAGACGUCUCUUUUUUGGUCAAUGAAUUAUCCAAGAUCAAGCUGGCACUGGAGAGGAAGCUCAGGAACCUGCGUGAUGAAGCUGUCAAGGAGAGAGACGAAGACAUGAAGAAACUCGAAGAGAUUCGAGCCGACCUGGAGAAGAACCACGAGAAGAAGAUCAAGGAAAUAGAUGGCAAAAUUUUCACUGACCUUGCCAAAAGUCGUGAUGAAAUUCGCAGACAAGCGGAGAAAGCUGAAGCGAAAGCCAUGGCUAAGACCUUACAGCACAACCAGCAAAAAUGCACUAUAUCUUAAGAAUAGUCUGGAAGGACACUCACCAGAACAACCACAUCAAAACACUUGUUAUUUGUGGGAUAAUAUAAUAUAAUAAAUAUAAGUGGGAAAUUCUCUGUUUCU